AUGAUAAGGUAUAGGGUGAUGUGUAAGGUAGGAUACGACGGUCAUAAUCUGCGAGGUGAGGAUGAUGAUGGUGGAGAAUGCCGAGGAGAUGGGAAUAAUGAAGUGUUUAGGAGUUGUAGUAAUCGUGUGUAUUGUUCUGCGAGUAAGAUGAUAGUUGGAGCUAUAUUGCGAAAGUUCUUUGAUUGCUUGGAGGAAAGUCGACCUCGUAACAAGGGUCGACCGUAUGGCCCCGACAUGAUGAAAGAAAAAGAGCCAAAAAAGAAAGCUAUAAAAGGAAGGCUAAAGGAAGAGUUGAAAGUGACACAUCAAUCACAAGCAAAGUAA